GGUACGCGUUUGCAACAUAAUGCACUUAUCUCAUUUUAUAUAUGUCAUCUAAACGUAAAGCUGGCUGAACCCGAGAUAUAAACAAAGGCAAAGGUUUGCCUUCUGCUGUUUCCGUCGCUAGGGUUGGAAUGGCAGCAUCCUCGUCUUCAUCUUCUGCUGGUGGGGUUAGUGGGAGCUCCGUGACGGGCUCUGGGUUCAGCGCUUCAGAACUUAUACCCCCGCGAAAGGUGCUUUACACAUACCCCAAGGGGGCAGGGGAGAUGAUGGAAGAUGGCUCAGACAGAUUUUUGUGCGAGUCUGUGUUCAGCUACCAGGUGGCAUCAACGCUGAAACAGGUAAAGCAUGAUCAACAAGUAUCUAGAAUGGAGAAACUGGCCAGUUUGGUUGAAGAGUUGGAAGCAGAUGAGUGGCGUUACAAACCAAUUGAACAACUUUUGGGGUUUACUCCAUCUUGAAGUGUCUUCACAUUGGCCACUGACUGCAGAUCACUAGGGGCAACAUGCUAACCACAGAAGAAUAUUUUCUUUCCAAUCCAUUGUACGUUUUGUCUCUGUCUGAUCAUAACAAUUCAAAUGGUAAUGUCCUCAAAUUAAUUAUCGUAUUGUUUUUUUACUUUUAUUAUUAUUACUGUAAACUGUUUUUUAUUCUCACAGAAAAUGAUGCCAAUUUAUGGCAUUCUCUGUUACUUUAGAUAUUGUGGUGGACUAAACUAGCCUGGGUUCUACUCUGUUUGCGCUGUCAUGCAGUGAAGUGGAGCCAGAGCACAAACAGAUGGGACCAGGCAAAACUAAACCCCUUUAUCUUAGUAAUUAGUGACCAUGUCCUAGAGGAAUUAAGUAUUAAUGUUUUACCAUUGUUUUUAUAAUGAAUAAUGUAGUGGAAUGAGUAAACUGGCACACGCCAAAAAUGUUGAAGGUAGAUACCAAAAAAUGGUACACUGUUUCAACUCAGAGUGAUUUAUAAAGUAAAAAUGUUUCUGCAUCAAUGUCUUGAGUGUUGUCACUUUAUAAAUGCCUUGGCAUUGAAACACAGCGUGCAGUUUACUUUCUUUGUAUCUACACAUAAUUAAUAAUAUAAAAUGGCACCGUCUGCCAUGUAUAAGUCUAUGUAUUAAAAUGAAAGCAUGUCGUACCUUAUGGCUGAUUGGCUAUUUAAAUAAACGUGGAAAUAAUCAA